GGUGACGCCACCAGCCGGCUGGGGGCAGGCUUCAAACUGCCUCUGCGCGCGAGCCAAGAGCUCGGAGGUUGUCUCUGUAAAGCAACGUUUCUUUGAGGAUGAGCCUGUAUGACAACAGAGACCGCCGUUUGUUCUUCUACAUCUGUGCGUAAAUUUGACAUGCUUGAGGAGUUUAGUCAUAAAAACCCGCGCGUGCCUGGAGCGCCGUGCGCUCCCUGUCCGCAUCCUCCAUCAGCUCCUCAGCUGCUGAAGUGAAGCGGUCCAGCCCAUCUGAAAAUGGCUGGUCUCGGUUCGGAAUGUAGUCGGCGCCUGGCCGGCUGUGUGAGCCUGUUGUUGCUGGUUUUCGUGGCGGUGAUAGUAUCUGCGAGCCCCGAUGCUGCGACAGGAGCCAACGAGACGCUGAGGCAUCCAUCCGGACACAGCCUGGAUGAUUCCCAUGAUCACCCGAGGAACUCCUCUGAGCACCGGAAAGCUUUCCCCGUCCUCGCCUUCAACUACGAGCACGUCAGUAAGCCCUUCGUGAUCUCUCUGUGGAUCCUUCUGGCGCUGCUCAUGAAACUGGGAUUUCAUAUCAUCCCCAGAGUGUCGCACAUCGUCCCGGAGAGCUGUCUGCUGAUCUUUGUGGGUCUGCUGGUGGGUGGCGUCAUCAAAGCCAUGGAUCAAACGCCUCCAGUCUUAGACACAAAACUCUUCUUCCUCUACCUGCUGCCUCCCAUCAUCCUGGACGCCGGCUACUUCCUGCCCAUCCGACCCUUCACAGAGAACAUGGGCACCAUCCUGGUGUUUGCGGUGGUGGGCACGCUGUGGAACGCCUUCUUUAUUGGUGGGAUGAUGUUUGCGGUCUGUCAGAUUGAGGCGGCCCGGGUGGGCCACGUGGACCUGCUGUCCUGCCUGCUGUUCGGCUCCAUCAUCUCAGCGGUGGAUCCCGUGGCCGUCCUGGCCGUAUUUGAGGAGAUCCACAUCAACGAGCUGCUGCAUAUCCUGGUUUUUGGGGAGUCGCUCCUCAAUGAUGCCGUCACUGUGGUUUUGUAUCACCUCUUUGAGGAGUUUGCCCACGAAGGAACAGUGACUGUCGGCGAUGCGCUGCUUGGCGUGGUUUCCUUCUUUGUGGUCUCCGUGGGAGGAGUCAUGGUUGGCGUCAUCUACGGCGUUUUGGGAGCCUUCACGUCCCGUUUCACGUCGCACUCACGGGUUAUAGAGCCCCUCUUUGUCUUCCUUUAUAGCUACAUGGCCUAUCUCUCUGCAGAGGUCUUCCAUCUGUCGGGGAUCAUGUCUUUAAUUGCAUGUGGAGUAAUUAUGCGGCCUUAUGUGGAAGCCAACAUCUCCCACAAGUCCUACACCACGAUAAAAUACUUCCUGAAGAUGUGGAGCAGUGUCAGCGAGACGCUCAUCUUCAUCUUCCUCGGAGUGUCUACAGUGGAGGGUCCUCACAACUGGAACUGGAUCUUUGUCAUCUUCACACUCAUCCUCUGCCUGCUGUCCAGGGUGCUUGGAGUCGUCGGUCUCACCUUCAUCAUCAAUAAAUUCCGUAUCAUCAAACUAACCAAAAAAGACCAGUUCAUUGUGGCCUACGGUGGCCUGCGAGGCGCUAUAGCCUUCUCACUGGGGUUCCUGCUCACCGACACAGAGAAGAAGGACAUGUUCCUCACUGCCAUCAUCACUGUCAUCUUCUUCACCGUCUUUGUGCAGGGGAUGACCAUCAGGCCUCUGGUGGAGCUCCUGGCUGUGAAGAAGAAGAAAGAAAGCAAAGCAUCAAUUAAUGAAGAGAUUCACACACAGUUCCUGGACCAUCUCCUGACAGGAAUUGAAGACAUCUGUGGACAUUAUGGACAUCAUCACUGGAAAGACAAGUUGAAUCGCUUCAACAGGACGUAUGUGAAGAAGUGGCUGAUUGCCGGUGAUCGCUCCAGUGAGCCUCAGCUCAUUUCCUUCUACAACAAGAUGGAGAUGAAAGAAGCCAUGAUGCUGGUGGAGAGCGGGAGUGCCGCCAAGCUGCCGUCCUUGGCGUCUGCAGCCUCCCUGCAAAAUGCUCAGCAGAGAGCUCCACCCAAACAAAGAGCCAUCCCCAGCAUCUCAAAGACACGUGAGCAGGAGAUCAGGAAGAUCCUGCGAGCCAACCUGCAGAAGACCCGGCAGAGGCUUCGCUCAUACAGCAGACAUGACCUGUUCAGCGACCCGUUUGAGGACAGCAUGAGUGAGAUCCGCUUCAGGAAGCAGAGGGUGCAGAUGGAGAGGAGGAUGAGUCACUACCUCACUGUCCCUGCAAACCGCCAGGAGACUCCUUCUGCAAGGAAAGUCUGGUUUGAGCCAGAACAUAAAGUUUACACGUACGAUGAGAGCGAGAGCCCCAGAGACGGAGCCGCCCUGGAGACGCUGCCCGACACCGUCAGCCUGCUGAGCGAGUCGCCUCAGAGACCCGGUCAGAGCAGCAGGCUGAGAAAACGAGGUGACGCUGAGCAGAGCGCCAAUGCGCCUGACAGCCAGGAAGAGCCACAGAAACUGUCAAGAUGCUUCAGUGACCCCGGUCCAAAAGAGGAGGAGGAGGAAGGUGAAGGCUGAUGAGAAGGCACUUAAGCAGGACCUGGGAUCUCUUUAUACAAACAUGCUUGAUAUUUAUCCUUUGCAUUGGUUUUUUCUGGAAUUUAUUCUUUCAACUCAACUGCUUUUUUAUCAUUUCUAUCAUGUAAUACGGUGACUGAAAACCAAUAACUUAUCAGGCUUGGUUUUGCAGGCUGAAAUGAGUCGACAUCUUAGAAUGUAAAGGAAGAAGAGCACAUAUUUGAACCAGCUUGAAGAAUCAGAGGGUUGACGUUUACUUCCUUUCAAAGCACAGAUGAGGAGACUAAUGCAUCACCAACAGAUAGAUUUGCAAAUAUUGUAGAAACAUUACAGAACAUAUAGGAUUUGUACCCUCAUUUUUUUCUGACUGUGUCCUUCAGUGAAUGACCUAUAUGUUGUCCAGAAGAUGAAUACUGCCACUUUAAAUUGUACUUUUACAGUGCCACACAAGGUUUUACAUAUUUCUGAGUCCGUCCGCAGAGUAUGAUCCACUUUUUACUGUUGUUUCUCUUUCAAAGAUGCAAAUAAUUAAAAAUGUACUCUAAGUAUGAUCAAAGUGGCUGCUAGAGGACAUCUAUCAGUGCCGUUGGGGAAUUUUUUUCAUGAAUAUCAGCUGAGAGCCUUGAAGUAUGACGCACCAACACGUGAUUUUACAUCCCAGCAAAGGACUCAGGCGUCAGGAAAACACUAUGAAUGUUAAACUUGCUUAAAAGUAUUAAACUUCACUACAAAACCAACCAAAGUCUGAACCAGAAUAGCACUGUUUAUCUUCACAGGCUGCAGCUCCGUCAGUGUUUUCUCAGGGACUCCUGCAUGGCUUUUCAAGCACGCAUUUAAAUGUGAAUACUUUAUAAAGUGUUUUGGGCUAUGAUGCAAACAUUAUAUAUAAUAUUUCUGCAUGUUGGAACAAAACAGCAUUCUUUCUAGUUGGACUUUUAUGAAGGGAAAUUGAAGGGACUGGAUUGUGGCUGAACCUCACUGCUCUGAGCUUUUGCUACCUGCACGUUUGCCUUAAAGGUUUUUGCAUUACGUGUUAAACUUUUUGUGUGUUAAACUUUUUGUACCUUGUAAAGAAAAACUUAUUGUAAAUGCCAAAUAUGGGAAAUCUGAAAUAAAUGUAUAUUGUGAA